CGGACCCGUCGACGCUCGGUGGUAUUCUGGAGAGGAGCCGUGCGAGGCCCGAGCUCGUCCCACCGGGUUUGGAGCACUUUUGAAGACGGGCGGAAAGUGGGUGAUGAGUCCUGGGCUGUAAAAAGAAGCGAGAACUUGCUUUGCAGCCCGAGUAGUUCUUCUUUCAAUUGUUAUUGUCGCUUAAAAAAAUCUUUAAAAUCACUCAAACUUGGUCUCGGCCGCGUCGAAAGUGGGAGAAAAGUGCUUUCCUGGUCGGAACAUGGAACUACAAGGCCUGCAAGAGGCGCUGAAAGUAGAGAUCCAAUGUCAUCAGAAUCAGACGUUGUGCAAAGGCCUCAACGAUCUUCAGAACGGACAGAAGCUGGCGGUCAGAAGCUGUCCUGUAGGGACGACUAAGCCGCUGUCGCUCAUCAAGCCUCCCAGUCAGGGCAUCGCCAUCUCCGUGGUGCCGGCCAAGGCUCCCGUUUCCAUGGUAACCGCACACAUUAACGGACAGAAGGCGGUGGCGAGCUCGGAGCCGCUGCAGACGUCCCCCAUCAACCUUCAGAUGGGCGGCAGGGCCACGGCCGCCGGAGUCCACCCGUUCAGCAGCAGCAGGAGAGCCGUAGAGCUGCCCCCCUCCCAGAUGCUGGGAACUCUCACUGCUGUGCCCAUCAAGGUGCCUCAAGUCAGCUCCCUGCACCGGCUGGCAGGACAAGCAGCCACUGUGCUACCUCAGGUCAGGCCAAAGACCCAGAUCCCCGACAGCCUUCCCCACAGUCCCUGCCAGGAGCUGCAGCCUCUCAGCCUGCAGAGGGCCACCGCCGUGGUCAGUCCGAAGAGCCAGGGCCCCACCCUGCCCACCGCCAACAGCACCUUGAGCCCCGACCACCAGCCCAACAGCCAGAGCGACGCCUCGCCGCCCUCGGCCCCGUCGGGGGGCCCCGACUCCAACGGCCCCGCCCAGCAUGCCUCUGCGGGGCCCGGCGUGGCCUACGCCAUCAUCGCUGCCUCCCCCGCCACCGGCAACGGGGUGUCCACUGUCAGUGAGGCCGUCAAGGUGAUCAUCAUCCAGCCGCAGGCCCCCAGCAGCACCGAGGGCUCCCCGGGGAUCCAGGCAGAGCUGCCGUCACAGGAGGCCCCGCCCACCUCCAAAUCCCCGUCCCAGAAGAAAGACGAGGACCCCGAGAAAAUCGCCUUCAUGGUCGCCCUCGGCCUCGUCACCACUGAGCACCUGGAAGAAAUCCAGACGAAGAGGCAGGAGAGGAAGAGGAGAAGCACGGCCAACCCGGCCUACAGCGGCCUGUUCGAGCCCGAGCGUAAACGCCUGGCCUCACAUUACCUGAACAGCUCGCUCUUCCUGUCAGCACGAGACUCUGAGGAUUUCUGCUGGAAGCAGGACUUGGAGCAUGAUGACCACUGCGCUGUAUGUAAGGAGGAUGGCGAGCUGCAGCAAUGCCACAACUGCCCCCGAGCCUUUCACCCCAACUGCCUCCACCCACCACUUAAAACCCCACCCAGAGGCCCCUGGUACUGCCCCAAGUGCCAGAAGAAGGUUCUGAACAAGGAGAACAUGUCGUGGCCACAGAACUUUGUUCAGUCGUACGUCACACACAAGACGGCAGUGAGGCAGGAGGAGAAGCGACGGCUGCUGAGGAGAAACACCGAGCUGAAGAAAGAGUGCGCGCACCUGGAGGAGGAAGACAAGAAGCUCAACAAGACACUCAAACAAUGCAUGGACCUGCGGGAGCGCCUGCUGGGGCAGCAGAGAGACACUCAGGCGUCGCUCGACCGCCUCAAAACUCUCAUCAGGUUGAUCCAACGCGACCAGCUCAUCCAGGUCACCAUGACGACCACCGCCACCAUCGCCACCUCGCUGCUCUCCCAGUCCUGGAUCAAAUCCACCAGCACCGCCACCAUCACCCCCACCCCCCCGGGCCCCUCGGCCACGCCCCUGCAGACAAGCCACAGCCAGGACGACGUCAACAACUAGCCCCGCCCACCAGAGCGCCGAGUUUUUCCAUGGAGGGCAGCGGUGAUGAUUUCUUUAGUGUGAAAAAUAUCGAUGAAGAGCCUCUAUCCUCCACGCAAUUCAAGUAUUUUUUAAAACCCAACACCUACAGUGCUUACGAGAUUUCUUUUUUUAAGUUCUUUUUCUAUUUAUUAACAUUCUUGGCCUUAAUGUAUUUAUUACAAAAAGUUCGAUUACAGCGCGGCGGCGGGAACGCGCGGCCCAGAAGAUAUUUCCCUUUUUUAAGCGCAGGUCUGAUUCUCGUCCUGCGUAUAGAGAGAGAGAACAGUAGAGUUAGCGUAGAGUCAGGAUGGAUGGAAGUGGACGGACUGUACAGCGAUAUAUCCGAGUAGAUGUUUGUUCUCAUUCUCUUAUGAACAAUGUUUUUGCCAUAAUGAUUCAGGAAAAUGUUUUCAUCGUGUAUGUGAACGCAUACGAGCCUUCAAACAAAAGCAGAGAAUAACUUUUUUCAGUAUUAAUAGAGUUAAAGUCAAAGAAAAAAAGUAUUUAAGAUUAAACUACAGAAAUUAGCAUUUCUAGUGGAGAUUUUAGUAUUUUCAUGCUGAUGCCUGUUGAAAAAUGUAAGUUUGGAGUAUUCAAGGGGAUCACUGUACAUAUGUUGUAUUAUUAUGAUUAUUGUUAUUAUCAUCAUCGCAGGGUUUUUCUUUUUUCGGUUUCAAACUUUACUGGAGUCACAUGUCUGAAACGGAGACGAGUCCCCGCUCGUUUAUAACAUCCGCUUCCUGUUCGACAGCAGAGCCAGAGAAACGUGCCAAACGUGCAUUUAUUCAGAUUAAUUUACUAUUUAAAAUGAUAGUAAACAGGAAAUCAGCAGGAUUGUGAAAAUAGCCAUUAAAUCUUUAAAUCAGUUUUUGUAAUUAAAGCAUCAAAACUGCUCUAAAAGCUCUACAUAUGAGAAAAACUGCAUAAAAACUGAUUAGCUCCGCAUUCAUUUAUUUGAUUAAAAUACCAUGAUGAACUUUUUCAGAGCAGCUUGUGCUCCAACAGAAGCGUCACUGUAAACGAUGGAUUCAUGUAGGAAACGUCAGGUAAAAACCAGUAGACACGAUGGAAACUUGGUUAUAAAUGAUGUAACGUGCUAACCAGACACUUUAUUUCACACAACAAGCUUUCAGAGCAGCUGCAGUCAAGAACAACCAAAACUAAAUGCUUGCUAGUUAGCUACACGGACACAUUAUUCAGGUCUUCAAAACUUUUUGAUGCGCCUUACGCUCCAACGUUGGGUAAAAACCAGCUACACUAGUGAUGAGUCGGUCGCGAACGAUCCAGCUCUAAGAGCCGGCUCCUGAUAGUGAGCCUGAGGAGCUGUCUGGGAGCCAAAAGAGCCGGCUCUCUGAAAAGAGCCGAACUCCCCAUCACUACACAAAUACAAGAUUGGCUGAAGUGCUAAACCAGCCAACCCGAAGACAUUUUCAGAGCCACUUACACUCCAACAUUUGGUAAAAACUAGCAGAUCAGCUGUAAAUGAAGCUAACCUGAAUAAAAGUAGACAAGGUUUAUGUAGGAGCACAAAUGCUCAGCUCCAGUGAAACCAGCUAACACAAAGACAAACUGGGCCAUGUGUCAUUCAUUCCCAACAUAUUCUGCAUUAUGUUCAGUUAAAGUGUAUAUGCCCAUACUGAUAGAAGCAGCAGCUACUUUCAGCUGCACCCUGAUUCAUGAGGGGCCGCCACAGCAGGCAGCUCCAUGUUUGAAUUGGCAGAUUUCUACUCCUGAUGCAACCCUAAUGGGAUUUGUGUUGCCUUCAGGGAUCAAACCGGGGAUCUUUCACUUGUUGUUAGGCGAGUCUGUAAACCUCUGCGCCACAGAGCCACAUACCAACUGAUAAUAUCAGCCAUUAAUUAAACGAUCAAAACAUCACUGACUCUCAAAUCAGUUCCAACUCCAAAUUCCAGAUUUCAUGGUCCCGUUAGACCGCAGGACCUGCAGGUGUACUAAAAAGCUCAUUCAGGCUGUCCAUGAAUGAACCGUAAACAGCGUUUACCUGAUUCUCACUCUGCUGUCACAGGAAGUGAUUGGUUAAAUGGGCGGGGACCGCCGUGUUCGUUCACAGCUGCACUUGAACACGCCGACGUUCGGUCAAUGUGACGCAUCGUUCAGCCCCCUCCCCCCUUUAACCAGUAUAGGAAAUAUGCCAAAAACGUUUCGUUGUUUUUGUACUGGGAUCAAUCCGCUUUUAUCAGUAAUGUGCUUUUUUCUUCUCCCUGCCUGUUUUUAUAUUUUUCGCUUUUUUUUUUUACUCGUGUUUUUCGAACAGCGACGAGCCUGUUAAUCCGACAGAUGAACACUGCCUCAAGUACAAAUCGUUUGAAAUCCAGGGUUUCCGUCUUUGUUGCGUCAUUUUAUAAACAUGUCGAUCAGAAAUGGGACCGCUCUGUCAAACUGACGGCGGGCCGGGACGCCGCCGUCGGUCCAUUUGUCUCGCUAGUCUUCCUGCUGGUCCAGAGAGGUUCCAUUUGAGUGUUACAGACUUGGAUUUAAUCAAUUUUUUUAUAUGUUUAUCAUGCAGCUCUCAGCUUCCUGUCGAUGCACAAAUACGAACAAAUGGUCGGAAUAAUUCAGAAGUAAAAAAAAGGCUUUAUCAGGAGGACAGGAAGGAAAACAUGAACACAUGAUUUUAUUUUAUCCGAGUCAUAUCAAGUCACCUGUCUUUGGUCUCAAGUAUCCAAAAUACCGAAGAGAUCCUUAAUGUUGGAGAAACAUCAUCUGCACAAAAGAUUUUUAAAAAAGCGAGCGACUCUGAAUGAAAGCAACGAUGAGCAAUAUGCCGCCAAAAUGGUUCCAAUGUGACGUCACCCCGAAAACACGACCAAAGGCCUCAGUCGGCCUCUGAUCGUGCUCAGAUUAAGACACAAAGGUGGCCAUGGUAACACGACAGCCUGAACUUUCCCAACUUAAGAAUUAAAGUUUGGGAAACGAUCGGAUGCUUUGAAGCUGAGACC